AUGGGCGAAGGACAGCACGUUCGGCUCGACGUCGACCGUCAGAGGUUUCUUCGUUGGCGGUCUUUUGAUCAUAACCAAAGUCUUUUCACUAAUAAAUCUCAAAAAAUAAUAUUAAAAAGCAGAAUAUGGAAACUAGAAAACGAAUUUUUGAAGAUCUCGGAAUGGAAGUCGCAAUGAUCAACGUCUUGAGCGCGUUCAGAGCCAUGGAUCCGACACGGCGACCAUCAAUUUCGUGACGGAUGAUCGAGUUCACGUAAGUUUUUUGCCUGGGAAGAUUCGGCAGAAGCACUUGAGAUUUGGCACACUCUCAAUGCCGCUCCUCCUCUUCCCCCCACUCACGCGCGUUUAUGCCGCCUUCGCUCACUGUUCCAUGCAUCUCGGCGCGUCCUCUUUAUCUUUAUCUCUUCAUUUUCUUCUUCCUUAUUACGUUUUUUCACUCAUAUAUCAAUCAAUGUUCUCAUAAAAUUUUCCAUAGUGCAAAAGUUUUUUCAAACGGAGAAAGUGUAGACCAAAAAAGGGCAUUGCAAAUGCUGUUUCUUGUAAGUUUCGAAACUAAAAAGCUGUGUUGGAUUUAAAUUUUCUCGUGUUUUCAUUCAUUUUCUUUUAUUUAUAUGCAUGCGGUAAGUUUGGUACUAAAUAAAGAAGUACUUCACUAUAACUAAUCCAAUUCGAUAAUAACUUCUUUUUUAAAUUUUUUUUGAACUAUUCAUUCUAAAUUUAGUUUUAUUUAUUCUAUUCUUUUUUCACUUCAAGUAAAAUUUGGUUAGACUAUAAUUUUCUUCCUUGAAGUUUGUUCAGAUGAACUUUCCGCUUCAAAACUGAACGUCAUGCUACAUAAUUGAAUUUGAAGUGUUUUUUCUUGUGGUUCGCCCAUAAUUUUUUUCGUUUUAUUUUUACUUUGCAGCUCUUAAAUUUAUUUUUUCACAUUGAUUAUUAUUUCUUUUCAUUUUUCAGAAAAAAGUAACAGCGAAUGCACAGUUCAAUUUAAAUCCUCUAAAUUUGCAAUCGCUUUAUAAUUUUAUUUAAAAGAUUAGUCUUUAAUUGUGCUCUUAUGUUGUUUUUCUGUUUGAUGGCUUUUUUCUUCUUCCUUCUCCAUUCCCAUUUCAUUGGGCUCAAUGUGCGGCAUUAAUUUUCCUCACAACGUAGAAACCAAUUGACUUUUUUAUUGCUUUAUUAAUAGAAUCGAUGUGUGUGUGUGUGUGUUCCGUCGACAAUCGCCAUUCGCCUUUUUGUGCUACACGAAAUCCCCGAUCUAUUUGUAUUUUCCAAUUGUUUGCCUUCUUCUCUGCAUGAAACCGAACCCCGGUUUUUGCAAUUUUAGAUGAAAAAACGAGGAACUUCCAGGGCCGUUCGUACUGAAAGAGUUCAGAAUAAUGAGGUUACGCUGUCAUUGAAAAGCAUUUUCAAUUUGAAUAAUUUUUUUCUUGUAGGUUGGGUGGCUUAAUGUUAAAAUUGUCUUAUUUAAUUACUUAUCUUUCAGUUGAAAUCUUGUUAUUUGUUCCGAGUUUUCAAUAGAAACUCAAACUUUUGUCUCUCCCCAAGUUUAUAGCGAAGAAAAGUCGAAGAUAUAACUUUUUUUAGUUUCGGAAAACAUUGCCUUAUUGAAAAAGUGAGUGAUUGUACAGUUUGUGCCCUGAGAAAAAACAGCCGUCUCUUUGCAACGUUCCAUCAAAGCUAAAAUUAUCCAGCUCUAUAAAUCAUAUAGAUAUUGAUCACGCGCUUUAUUUCACAGCAAGCUUUUGCUUUCGUACUCAGAAAAAAGGUUUUUCACAUGCCAGGUGCUUUUUCGUCGGCCCCAAACUCAAUUUGGCCUUGUUAUCAAGAAAAAAAAACGAGCGGAAACGUUGGGAUUUAUUCUUCCGCUGCCACCUCUUCGCCUUCCUUGGCAUCGAUUCUCUUCCACUCCUCUUCUUUCUUCCCAUUCUUUCCGCUCAUUCUUCCCGUGGGUCGUUUCCCGAAAACUUUUCCUAAUUCUUUUCGCAUAUCCUUUUUUAGUUGAGCGAUUUCUAUCUCACUUCUAUUCCCUUUCGGAAUGUUUGCUUGCGCCGCUUUUUAAUUUCUGGAGGGUGUUUAUUUUUUCGAUUAGGCGACUUUUUUCCGGUGUGACUGUCUGUGUGUUUUUGCCAAUAUAUGCGAUCAGUCAUAUUCAUGAAUAUACGUUUCGGUCAUGAGGAGUGCGAUUUUUAGGAGGAGAGCAACGAAUAUUCUGCUCAACGGGAGGCCUACGAGGAGGAGGAAAUCCGCGAGUACGUCAUCGAAAACGGUGUGAAGAAACUCGUCAACUCACACUUUGACUCGCGUGGAUAUUCCUCGGGCGCCAAAGGUGAAUAAAUUAGCCCAGAGAGGAGAAAGUCAAGGAAAAGGCUGAAAUAUAAGAAAGAACGAAGAUUGAGUGGAAUUGAAGGGCUAAAGGAAAUUUGUGAAAAUGGUCAAAAGGAAAAAAAAAAUUUAUAGAGGAAAGUUCUAUGAAAAAAAGCUGCGAAAAGUUACUUUCGAUACUUCUGAUUUUGGGAGCUGAAACAUCUAUAACAGAAUGUUUUUUUUUUUGAAAGUCCGAUGAAUUUUCAGAAGUUUUGGUUCGUUGUGGUAUAUUUUUGGUGAUUACGAAUUAGAAAAAGAAUAAUGAAUCAGCAUAGGAAACUUGAGCUGAAAGCUAUGAGUCAAAAGCUGCAGAUGAACUUUUUUUGAAACCUAAUUAGAGAAAUUCAACCGCGUAGUGAAAAGAGGUGUGCGGAAAUUGAAAAAAAAAUUUCUUUUUUUUUUAUACGAGCUCCUAAAGCUGUGAACUGGUUGAACUUGUAUAGUGAAGAUUCAUAAUCUUACCAUUUUCAGUGAUAAUGCAGUUAUGAAUGUGCUGAUUUGGGCUCACUUUACUUGAUUUGAAAACUCUCUAUCUUCUCUUAUCUCGGCGUGGGUCGAAUAAUGUUUUUUUUUUCAAACAGAAAAACAGUUUGAAAAGUUUUUUCACAGCGAUAGAUAACAACUGUAGAUGCUCAAAAACCAACUUUUGCAAGAUUUCUAUAUUUUUUUUCUUUCAAUUCUUAGCUAUACUCAAUUCUUCUUUCUCUGUCACAAUAAUCUGAUUGUUCAGUCAUUUCUUAGGCACUCUGCGGAAGUAAUCAGCACAGAGUGCUCGAGGAAUCCAAUUGUUGCAAUUGUUUUUGUGUGUUACAGGAAAGUCAGGAUCGCGGGAGCGUGAGCAGCGACGAGGUAUGGCGGUCGACUACUCAUCCAACGACUUCCGGCAGUCGCUGGCCGCCAUCGACCAGGCGAGCCGCGACGGCGCCGUUUCUCGAGAAGGAGCCGACGGCGUUCGCGUCCGUCACAUGGGCGACACCACCAUCAUGACCGAACAUCGCGAUCCGUACUCCUUCUACUGGCAGCUCGACCAGGCCCGCAGAGAGGCCGAGUCGCCGCCCCGAAGGCCGCCUCCGACCGACUAUGUCAUUGAUGAGGAGGAGGUGUGCUUCUUGUGGUUUCACUGUAUCGAAGAAUUAUUGUACCGAGAAAAAAGUAGUAGAGUCUUGACUCAGUAAGGAAAGCUUCUGGAAGGUCUUAACAGUCGAAAGAGGUCGACCUGAAAGGUUUCAAACGAAAUGAAAUUAUGAGCAACUUUGAGGUGAUAUAACGGGCCUGGCUUUUUACGUCACAAAAAUGUGUUCUUCAAGAUUUUAUUUGCAACUUUUAAAAACAUUUGUUCGUCAAUUUCUGAAAAAGAAAUCUUACCGCUUCAUGGCGUCCUUCACGUUCAAUGUUGAAGGAACUUUGGUUGAAAUGAAGGAGAAUUCUGAGUUAGUUGUGGGAUUAUAAGCGGAGUUGACAAAAGGAGCUUUCAAAAAAUCGUGAGCAGGCUCCAGAAGCCGCAAAAAUAGUCUACCAUGAAAUAGUUUCUAAAAUAGUUGAAGAAACAAGUAGUACUCCAGAGGUUCAGGUUAUCGACACGGUUCUUUCUCCCGACUCCCACGACUCUGGCUUCGAAAACCAGUACAGUCGGCCCCAGAGAAUCCAUCCUCUACCUCCCCCGCCUCCGCCGCUUGAAGAAGAAGCAAGGGAUCUGCCGCCAGGAUGGGAGAAACAUCAAGGUAGAUCUGGAAUGACAAUUAAAAAAAGCAAAAGUUUUUCCUUUUCAAAAUUAGUAGUUUCAUGAAGAUCAAGCUUCUUUUGAGCCUUGAAUAAGAUGUAAACUUUUUAUUGGUAUGGGUUUCACUAGAUUUUUAGUCGAGGUUUUCCUUGAAAAGCCAUUUUUCGCUUGAGAAUCUCAUUGUUGACUGGAUAGGGUUAACUUUUUCGUGUUCCUUGGGGACUAGUUUAGAAUGCUCACUUCCCUAUUUUUCCAGACCCUCAAGGCUACUCCUACUAUUGGCACGUGGACAGUGGUACAAUUCAGAGACAGCCUCCAGUGGUGAGGAGUUUUCAGAGUUAGAUACCCCAAAGCAUGAAGGUUCACGGCCCUUGAAAGAGUUUCACAAAGCCUCGUUAUCCAAUUAUUCAUCUUUCUGAGUACUAAUGAAAAAACUUCCAGAUUUGGAAGAUAAUAUUCAUUUACGGACCGUAAACCAUUCGAUUUCUAGUUUGCAUCAUUCCUAACCUUCUAUGUUCGCUCAUUUUUGUAUCCGUUUUCGACUUGUCAAUUUACUGAAGCACUAACAAAAAAAAAAAAGAAAGACCGAUUAGAAGUGCCGUUCGUUAGAGCAAACUGUAAAGACUUGACAAGCUGAAAUGAACGCACUACACGAAAAAAGACUCGAUAUUCGGAAUUUACAGCGUGCGGUGACGCCACCCCGUAGUCCAACACCACCUCUCCCACCUGUUUAUUCCAUCACAACCGCCGUGAGUUGUUUGGACAUGUCAUUAACAGAGAAAAGUAUUGCUCAUUGGUUGUUUGAUGGGGCCAGGUUGCAGAGUCGCGAAACGCAAGCCGACGCACCGCCGCCGCAGAUCAUCCAGCUGCCGCCGCAGCAGCCCGUCAUCGAGGAGCACGCCUUCAAGCAGACCACCACCAAACGCAGGAUCGAGCAGGACGAGGAGAGCGAAGGAGCUCCCGAAGGAGACGUCGAUGGAUAUUCCAAGGUCGAGAUUUGAAAAGAAAGGGAUUUUCUGGGUUGUGUCACUCUUUUGAGUCUGAACUCGGUCGCAGUCGACGUGAGGUUUCUGAAUAUGUGAUCUUGUUCUUUUCGAGCUCGAAUCAGCGAGAUUCGAUUCGAAACAAUUGCAAUUCAUGCUACAAAAAAAAAAUGAAGCUCGACUUCAUAGAUGGGCAAGUACAGAACCCUUACUGCCCGGAAGGAGGGGUUGGCUCCUGAAAAUGGUUCACAUAAUACAAUUUUGAGUCUCAGGGAAGUAGUAUCAAUUUUCAUUUAGAAAAACUUGGGAGGAGGGGUCGGCGACCUUUAAAAGCGGUCUGCCCAUGUUUGCUCGAAUUUUAAGCCUGAAAAUUUUUGUGAAGCAGCUUUAUCUUUGAUUGAAAUCUAGCCGAAACUUUAAGCAAUUUUUAGUUUCGAAUUUCAUAGACAGAGUUCGGAGAAUGUAAUCUUUAUAAAGUUGGAAGGAAAAUCAAUACUUCAUAAGCGAUAGAAUUUCAAAGGAUUAAUUUCAGCCAAUCCGAUUCGCCGUUCGUUCCUUGGGAUGGACUGAAGUGGCCGAGGAAGAACUGACGGCGGAGAAAAGUUCGCGCGCUGUCAAUAGGUUAUCCUCUCGAUUUCCUUUUUCGUCUAGUUUCAUUUUUAUUCAGAGCAAUUGUUGAUCUCUCAACCGGAAGAAAUGACCUAAUGGACAAUGUGAGCAAGUGGGGAGACGUAGGUUUCCGAUUUUCCUGCAUCUUUUCAUGGUUUCCCUCAGGGAAGAGAGCUUAUCAUGGAAUUGGACGAUAAUGAACUAUCUCUCAUCGAUCCGGACACGAUGACAGUCAUUCAUUCUGAAAGAAUCCAACAGAUCCGAGUUUGGGGCGUCGGAAGAGACAACGGCCGGUGAGUACUGGAAAAAUCGGUUAAAAUGUGUUAAUGAAUGAUUUUCAUGAACUUGUGCAGAGAUCGGUGAGUUUCGUGUUGUAACGUUGUGUAUGGUUUCUUUCUUCUUUUUCUCUUUGCCUUUCUGUUUUCUGAGAGCAAAAUUAAGCUUAAAAGAGAGUUUUUUAGCUUAAAACUUAAAUGUGUGUAAAUGUUUCUAUCAUUUCGAGGCGCUUUCUAUUAUUUCCACAAAUUUUUUUCAAGAUGAAAAGGUCAAUCAGUUUCUGUCAGUAUUAGCUUUAUAACAAAGUGAAUAAAAGCUCUAAAAUAAUAAGUAAAUACAAUCGAAGAAUGGAGAUUGACAAACCUUGAAAAACAGCGUAAUUCUGAGCGUUUAUUGUUUUUAUUUUUUUAUUGAAUCACAAGGACAAGAGAGAAGUGCCACGAUUGUUGGCUGAAGAGAAAGUUGAUUCUUUAAACUUCAGUUGAAACAGAAAAUUUCAAUUCCCGGUGGGCAAUAUCUGUUCUCAAAAAAAACUAUAUGUUUUAAACCCGAAUAAUUUGAUGUUUUCUCAUUUUCAAGUAUCUUUUUUAGAAGAAAGUUCAGGUCUUCGCGAUGAUUUUUCAUUCGUUCAUUUUCUCACAUCUUUUUUGCAGAGACUUUGCCUAUGUGGCUCGAGAUCGGAACUCGCGCCGUUUCAUGUGCCACGUCUUCCGCUGCGAUACUCCCGCCAAAACCAUCGCAAAUACUCUUCGAGACAUUUGCAAGCGUCUUAUGCUGCAUAGGUUUCCAAAAGAGUUUCCCUUCUUGUCAAAAUUUCAAUUUUCAGAAGACCAUCCAACUUGCAAGCGAUUGAAUCCGGCGAGAAGCGCAUUGUUAGAAGUGAUUUGUUUUUUAAAUUCAAUUUAAUGUUUAUUUUUUCAGCUGAAGGAGUGUCUCCGCCUAGCGACGAGCCAAGAAAAGUGAUCCGCUGUCACUUUUUGGGCGUCACCCAAGUUCCGAGGGCAACCGGCAUCGAGAUUCUUAAUGAAGCCGUCGACCGGCUUGUUUCACAGGUACGUUCAUUCGACUCUUUUUAAAGAUCUUCCAAACCAGCUGAUCAUGAUUUUCCUCGCUUAUUCUAUUCUCCAGGUCCGACCGGAACGUUGGAUCCUGGCGGACGUGUCCAUCGCGCCGUCGACGAUCGCCAUCGUCGAAGUGAACGGCGCGCAGAUCGCCGAAUGCCGCGUCCGCUAUCUUUCCUUCUUGGGAAUCGGCCGCGACGUCAAGUGAGGCCUUCUGAGGUCUUCUGAAGCCAAUCUUCUCUUCAGACAUUGCGCCUUCAUCAUGCACACCUCCUCGGAGAACUACAUGUGCUACGUCUUCCACGUCGAGCCCAGCGCCGCCGCCAUGGCCAAGACCAUCGAAGCCGCCUGCAAACUCCGAUACCAAAAAGUACUUUCCUCGUUUUCGAGAAAGGAGAUUAUCGAUUUUCUUCAGGUUCUGGAUGCCCAUUCCAACCGCAUUCCUCAUCAUGCGGCUCUUCCUCCAUUACACGGCAAGGUUUUUUUCUAAACCCCAUUAAUACAUUUAAAAUUUCCUGCGUGACUUCUAAUGACUCCCCUUUCUAACGAUUACUCUGUUUAUCGCUGCUUUUAAAAAAUUUUAUUCCGAAAAGUUUUCAUGAUGUACUUUCGAAAUCUUGCGUCAAAAAAGGUUACGAUAGAAGUUUUCUGAAAACUUUGUUCUUUUAAAUUUCUUUGCGAGGUUUUAAUUAAUCGUGAAUCAUCAACAAGAAGGCUCUCCGCUCCAAGAUCCUUGUAAAUUUUGCCUAUCACCUCAAGUUUCGUUAGUUGAGCAGCAAUGAAUAUAGUUUAACUCUCUUCAAAUGAUGACUGAAGAAAAAUAAAACGAAGUUCCGAAUUUUUCAAGCUGAUUGCGAACUUUCAAUAAAAAUGAGAAGUUUUGAAUCCUCCAGAUUUUAUUGAAAAAAGACUAACUUUUUUUUUUUGAAAAUCCGUCUUUCUUUUUUGUUCAUCUAAUUUCCCGGAUUUCAGGGAUGGAGUGA